AUGGCCACUCCAGUAACCUGCAUGGACAAGCCUGUGGCUACCAAGUCGGGGUCUGCAUCAAAUGCACGUCCGCCUCGUGCCCCUCGACCACCUAGGCCAAACUUCAGACAUAUUCACCAGUUUCCUCUUCCGGUCAAUGUACAUCACGUUCCUCCUGUAAUUCCUCAUAACCCUCUUUCUCUUAUAAGCGUUGCUCUCUCGUACCUCACAUUCCUUAUCUCCCCGCCCCGUCAAGAAGUCUACUCGGCCUACUUUGACAAAGCCACCUCAUCGAUCCAUGUCACGGACGAGAGAUCCAUUAAUGCCUUGUGGCAGAUGGGAUUCUUCGGCAAGGGUAGUCUCAGUCGAAGUGAACCCAGCUGGCUGGCGCGAGAGAAAAAAAGAAGAGGGUUACAUAAUGAGAAGACCAGCGAGGAGAUUACAAGACUGCGACGGACUGAACGCCGUGAACUGAAGUUAGAGCGUGCCCGGAUGGAAAAGCUGGCCAUUGAGGAAAGACUGAAAGCCGAGGCGGCUGCUAGGGAAUCUGUUGCUUCCGAGCCUCUUGACGAAGCUGCUCAAUCAACACCCUCAGAUGAUACGACUAAUGUCACAGCGACUACAACGGAGAAGUUCUCCUUGAAGAAGGCAAAGGAGGCUCGGGUGCUGGAGGCACGACAGGCGCGGGAAUUGGCCGCACAAAAUGCGGCUCUCGCAGAAGAAAACCAACCCGAGACCCCGUCUAGCAGCAAAUCCGUGCGCUUCUCAUCAGUCGUGCAGAAGAAAGAAUUCCUAUCCACCUCACCCUCAUCACUCCAGGUGCCUGAUUCCGUCGUCGACAGUCUCGAUGUAGAUGAUUUCCCAAAUGAGGAGCAUCUUCAACUCUCCAACGAAGAGGCAUUCUUCCUUGCCUACUCGCUUGGAGCAUUGCAAAUCUAUGAUUCACCGUUGAAAUCCGAGGAGGACCAACCAAUUUCGCCAAUAACCACCUCUGCCCUCCUCCAAAAAUUCUGCCAUCAUUCCUUCCAACCUGCCCGUGACGGCUCCGCUUCCCUCCAACCAGAUGAUCCCUUCAUGACCUCCUACGCCGUCUACCACCACUUCCGAUCCCUCGGGUGGGUUAUCCGCUCCGGUGUCAAAUUUGGAACCGAUUACCUGCUCUACAACCGCGGACCGGUCUUCUCCCACGCAGAGUUCGCAGUCAUCGUCAUUCCUUCCUAUAGCCACCCCUACUGGUCCGAGACAGAAGAACGGAAGAACUACACAGCAGAGAAGCAGGCGAGGAGUUGGUGGUGGAUGCACUGCGUCAGCCGUGUGCAAGCCCAGGUGUUGAAGAGCUUGGUCGUCUGCUACGUCGAAGUGCCCCCGCCAGCUGCUUCAAUUGAAGAUAUUGGGGCGCUGUUUGGCCAAUACAAGGUGCGCGAGUUCCUCAUCAAGAGAUGGAUUCCGAACCGUACUCGUGAUUGA